UCUAGACCAAUCCACCUUAUAAGACUGCAGCCAGGGUUCGCUUCCUACACCACAACUCUGUUUACAUUUCUCCUUUAAUUUCAAACCCAUACCCGAUUCCUCAUUCCCUACAGAAUUAAAUGCAGAUUCUCUCCUUAAUGAAUUUUAUAAACUCCACAUGAGCCUCUUUAACAGUUUUGUGUUCCAGGCACUUUCAACUCCUCACUGCUCAAGCUCUCUUUUUUAGAAUGAGAUGGGAUGUUUGCCCUUUCCCCCAAAAUGCUACACAUUCUGAUUUCUAUGCCCUUGUUGACUUGUUCCUUCCAUGGGGUGCGCCCCCUUCCGCACUCAUCCUCCCCUGCCGUCUGCCUAUCCUUAAAGACUUGGGUUAUCAGGAAACUUCUAGAUCCAGAAAGCCUCCCAGUGACUGGACUCCUGCUCACGCAGAGCUCCAGAGCAAGAUCAGCCUGACCUUGUUGGAAGGAGACAUCCUGGAUGAGCAGUGCCUGAAGGAAGCCUGCCAGGGCACCUCGGCGGUCAUCCACACUGCCUCUAUCAUCGACAUCACGAACGCUGUUGAAAGAGAGAUCACCAUGAAUGUCAACGUGAAAGGUACCCAGCUCCUGUUGGAGGCCUGCGUCCAGGCUAGCGUGCCCGCCUUCAUCUAUACCAGCACCAUAGAGGUGGCUGGACCCAACUCCUACAGGGAAGUCAUCCAGGACGGCCACGAAGAAGAGCAUCUGGAAACAGCAUGGUCCUCUCCGUACCCAUACAGCAAAAAGCUUGCCGAGGAGGCUGUGCUGGGAGCUAACGGGUGGGCUCUUAAAAAUGGUGGCACCUUGUACACCUGUGCCUUAAGGCCCAUGUAUAUCUACGGGGAGGGGAGCCCAUUACUUUUUUCCCACAUGGACAAUGCCCUGAAGAACAAUGGCAUCCUGACACAUAACUGCAAGUUCUCCAGAGUCAACCCAGUCUAUGUUGGCAACGUGGCCUGGGCCCACAUUCUGGCCUUGAGGGCCCUGCGAGACCCCAAAAAGGCCCCAAGCAUCCAAGGACAGUUCUACUACAUCUCAGACGGCACACCUCACCAAAGCUAUGAUGACCUCAAUUAUACUCUGGGCAAGGAAUGGGGCUUCUGCCUGGAUUCCAGGAUGAGCCUUCCUCUUUCUCUGAAGUAUUGGCUUGCCUUCCUGCUGGAAAUUGUGAGCUUCUUGCUUAGUCCAGUUUACAAAUAUCAACCCCACUUCAACCGCCACCUGCUGACCCUGUCAAAUAGUGUGUUCACUUUCUCCUAUAAGAAAGCUCAGCGAGAUCUGGGUUAUGAGCCCCUCUUCACCUGGGAGGAAGCCAAGCAGAAAACCAAGGAGUGGGUCGGCUCCCUGGUGAAACAGCACAAGGAGACCCUGAAAACAAAGACUCACUAAUCUGGGGGUGACAGCGCUGUAGAUGCCGGUAUGGUUAGGAGAUGUCUGUCAAGCUCUCCCCUUCCGGCUUCACAGGACAAGUAACAUAGGCAUAAGCCUGGGUCCUCCUGCCUCCCUAUUAUAAGAUGGUCAUCUUAUUGUCUUCCUCCCACCACCAGAAACCUUUCCCUGUCAAUGGCCUAACGGGAAGUUUUCUGCCCUACCCACCCUCCAGGGGAUGGACAAGGUGAUUUACUGCAGCUGCUGGUGCCAAAUUCUGAGCUAUUUGGGCUUCUUUUAACUUAUGCUUUUGUCUAUGAGUUCCAUUUCCCUUGUUAAAUGCAAAAGCAUUUCUUUUCUUUUAAAAGUUUAUAUCCUUUCACACAGCUCAAUGCAAAUAAUAAAUGUUUUAAUGACUA